GCAGACCCUACUAAUCGCUGUUGACUUGCGUUCGAUUUCGGAUUUCCUGGACGGAUGCGCUCGCGGAAAACAUCACUUCCACCACGAUCACCCUCACUAUCUAUCCGUUAAGAAGCCUGCAGUUAACACAACUUUAAACAGCCAAGUGAUCUCGCCGGGGAAACGAGUAAAUUGGAGUUAUUUGUGUGUUCUUCCUGUAUACGUGUUGGUGUUGAAUAUGUCUGCGGCCGCUGGCGCUGCUCUGUCUCCCGGUUCGGCCCUCUCCGCCGGUCCUGCUGCGAGUCCCGGCUACGGCAUGUCCAUGUUCCGAUGGCUGGAAGUGCUGGAGAAAGAGUUUGAUAAGGCGUUUGUGGAUGUGGAUCUGUUGCUGGGAGAAAUCGACCCGGAUCAGGCUGACAUCACGUACGAGGGCCGUCAAAAGAUGACCAGUCUCAGUUCAUGUUUUGCUCAGCUGUGUCAUAAAGCCCAAACCAUCUUUCAGCUGAACCACAAACUAGAGGCUCAGCUGGUAGACCUGCGGUCAGAGCUGACGGAUGUUCAGGCAGAGAAGGCCGUGGUGGAGAAGGAGGUUCAUGAACAGCUUCUGCAACUCCACGCCAUGCAGCUUAAACUCCAAGCCAAAGCUGGCCAGAUGGUGGACUCUGACUCCAUCAAGGACAGGAUGCCUGUUCCCUCAGUGGAGGAGAUGGAGAAGGAACUGGAGGCCAGUAAGAAAGAAAAGGUGAAGGAGGUCAAGUUGGAGGCAGAGGUCAAGAUGCUCAAGAAAGAAAACGAGGCCCUCCGCAGACAUAUUGCAGUACUACAGGCAGAAGUGUAUGGAGCCAGACUGGCAGCCAAGUACCUGGACAAGGAGCUGGCUGGAAGAGUGCAGCAGAUCCAGUUGCUGGGGAGAGACAUGAAAGGACCAGCUCAUGACAAACUGUGGAACCAACUUGAAGCUGAGAUUCACCUGCACCGCCAUAAAACAGUCAUCCGAGCCUGCAGGGGGCGCAAUGAUCCCAAGAAGCCCUUGCCAUCCCCAGUAGGGCAUGACACAGAUUCUUUGAAAAAGACUCAGGGAGUCGGCCCUAUACGCAAAGUGGUUCUGACCAAAGAAGACCAUGAGGGACUUGGCAUCUCCAUCACUGGAGGUAAAGAGCACGGAGUUCCCAUCCUCAUCUCCGAGAUCCAUCCCACCCAGCCUGCAGAGCGCUGCCGAGGCCUGCAUGUGGGAGACGCCAUCUUAGCCGUCAACAACAUCAACCUGAGAGAUGCAAAGCACAAAGAGGCUGUCACCAUUCUCUCACAGCAGAGGGGGGAAAUCGAGUUCGAAGUGGUUUAUGUGGCUCCAGAGGUGGAUUCUGAUGAUGAGAAUGUGGAAUAUGAGGACGAUAAUGGCCAUCGUUAUCGCCUGUACCUGGACGAACUAGAGGAGGGAUCAGAAGCCAAUCACAACAAUGGCACUGCUGACCCCGCCUCCCUACUAGCUGUGGGGAAGCACUUAGCAAGUAACAAAACAGAGAACGGAGAUGCAGCCUUGUCCAGUGAGAGCCCUUCGGGGGACAAGACUUCCAAGACAGCAGAGUCUAUAGAGAGUUCCUCUUAGACCUCCAGAUAAAAGAAAAAGAUCCUUGGAGAUGGGAGAAGAGCAUCAGACGUGAAGAUGGAGAGCAGAAAGAGAUUAAAACUGCACAUGUAAAAUAUGUGACAUAUGAAAUUCUUCUUGUUUUAUGCCGCAUGAGGAACAGACUGCGUUGACGUCCACUGGAGAUGGACUGAACCACUGAGAAACACUGAGAGGACAUAUUGUUACUCAGCGGCUACAAAGGAUUGUCUGCAGAUUCACUUCAUAUCAGUUUAGUUGCAAAGAAACACUUGAGAGAGAAAAAUGCAGAGCUAAGUAAGAUGAGAAAUGUGAUGGGUUUAAAAAGAAUUGUAUGGUACAAGCGUUUUGAUUCUCGAUUCCUCUUUUGUGUAAUCUUUCUGUGCAUUUAAAGGGAUAGUUCACCCCAAAAUGAAAAUACUGUGAUAAAUACUUACUCUCUUGUUGUUUCAAAACAUGUAUGACUCAAAGGAGUUUGGAACAAUAUGAUGGGCAGUAAAUGACAGAAUUUAAAUUCUGUAACGGCCCUCUGUAGGUCAGCUGAAUUUAAAAUAAAAUGUAGGUUUCCUGCUUAAAUGAUUGAUAUUUCUCUUGUACUUCUAAAGUAGAUGGAUGUAGCAAUGAGUAACUGUUUACUCAAUAUGUAUAAAACAUCACUAGUUUUUAACCUCUCAGUUUUAGCCUAAUGUGAGUCUAAUCUAUGAUGUUAACGCUGCUGACCCAUCCUCUAAAGCAUAGGUAAACAGGAUGAUGCUACUUCCUGUUUCGCAGAGGGGUCAGUCAUAAGGUCCUCAUCCUUCUAUUUCUCUGCAUUUGUCACUUCAUUAAUCCAAGAACCAAAAUCGGCAGUUUUCCAGGUGCCAUAAAGUUGAUUGAAGAGAUGAAUAUUCUAGAGUGACUUUUUAAGAGUUAAAGGGAAAGUUCACCCAAAAAUGAAAAUUUUCUCAUUUACUCACCCUCAUGCCAUCCCAGAUUUGUACGACUUUCUCUCUACUGCAGGACACAAUUUUUUUUUUUUUUUUUUAUAAGAAUAUCUCAGCUCUGUAGGUCCUCACGAUGGGGUCCAAAACUUUGAAGCUGCGAAAAGCAAUCAGAGUAAUCCAUAAAACUCCAGUGGUUUAAUCCAUGUCUUCUGAAGUGACUUUGGGUGAGAACAGUCAGGAAUGUAUCUCAAUUUUCACUAUUAAUCUUGACAGCAGUCUCUUUUGCAUUUUUGGGUGAACUGUUCCUUUAAGAGUGAAUCUCAAGCAGAAUUGUCCAGGUCAUAUCACACUCCAAAAUAAAAAGAAAUAAAUAAGAAAUUAUAUUUUGCAUAGUGAAAAAGGAAGCCUGUUUUAGAAAAAUCAUCCUGUCCAGACACAAUUAUUUCUUUUACAUCAGUAUAAAUUAAAUCCAGUACAAAAAAUACAACCAUGAUGUAUGAAUACACAUGUACUAUACUGUGUAAAAUAGAUUUUUAUGUAUUUGUUUUUUAUUUUUUUUGCAUUAAAUUAGGCAGCUGACAAUUGAUGAAAUGCACGCUUAAAGGAAUGUUAUGGAUUCAAUACAAGUUAAGCUCAAUUGACAGCAUUUGUAGCAUAAUGUUGAUUACCACUAAAACAUAUUUUCAACUCAUCUCUUGUUUAUUAAAAAUAAAAAGCAAAAUCGCUGUGACAGUUAGGCACCUACAAUGGAAGUGAAUGGUGGCAGGCCAUAAACAUUAAAACAUACACUGUUUCAAAAGGACAGCCACAAGAUGUAGGCCAUUAUACGUGUUGACAUGAUUUUAGAGUGAUAAAAUGGCAUAAUAACCUUAUCAGUGUAAAGUUAUUUCCAAUAUACCAACUAUAAUUGUUGCCAUGUCAAGGCAAAGCCGUAAACCCUGUAAAUGAUUUUAUCACACUAAAAUCACUUAAAUAGGUAUAAUGUUUACAUAUUAUGGCUAUACUUUUGAAGUGGUGUAUAUUUGAAUGUUUAUGGACUGGCUCCAUUCACUUCCAUUGUAAGUGCCUUACAGUAACAACGAUUUUUGCUGCUGCUUUUUUUAAUCAGACAGGGAUGAGUCAAAUAUUCUUUGUGGUAAUCAACAUCAUGCCACAAAUGCUGUUGAUUUAGCUUAACUUGUAGUGAAGCCGGAACAUUCCUUUAAUUGUCAUAAAACAAUGUCACAAUGCAAAAAAUCUUAAUGGUUACAAAAUUAGGCUUUAAUAUUCAAAAUAUAAUUUCCUGUUUUUUCUUUUUUUUAUUUUGAGGUGAAAUAUGACAAAUAUUUCUUCACUGUUUUCAUGACAUUUACCAUUACAUAUCUACAGAGGAGUAUUUUGAACUUCUUUGCCAUAGACUGUAGACCUGAUAGUGCCAUAGAACCUACUGUAUUAUCUGUGUUUGAAAGAGAUUACGGAUAUUGGUUAGGGGUAAGUGUACAUGUAUUGUUAGAUGGCAGUGUGGCUUAGUUUAUUUAAAUGUAUUUAAUCAAGCCAAUUUACUCUAUAUUUCAUGAAGAAAAACUAUAAAAGGGUACAAACGUUUUGAUAUGAGCUUUAGAGGAUUUGAAACAACAAUCUUCCUAUUUGGCUAUCUUGGCUCUGGUGCCUAAAAUCUGUGAAUUGUAAUUACUGUAUAGCUCGCUAAAAGAGAAUUCCAUAAUCAUCAGUGUUGUUCUCUACCAUUGAGUUAUUUAACAUCACUUCAUUCCCAUACUGUGGAAUAUCUAUUUCUCAAUAGCAUCUUUGACUGCAUCUCAAGACCUUCUCUGUUGUCCAAAAGGUGUUUAUUAUAAGACAACAGACCAAAUGCACAAAUCUGACUGUCUGUACACUGAUUACUAUAUAUGUGGGCUGUAUAGCAACAUAAACCUUCCCUAAACAUGCUAAAGUGUAGCCUUAGUGCUAUAUAUAAUAUAAAGUUAUUUACAAUCACACUGUUUGUCUGUUAUUUAUCACCUCACUGUUGUUUACAUAUGUGUUUUAGAUGUUAGGCAGAUGAGGGCAGUCAGGACAAUCAGCUCAUUUGGCCAUACGGUCUUUCUCUUAUCAGUAUGUGGGCUGGUUCAGUGGGCUGUUGUUGUUAAUUUUAUUUCCUUGUUACUGAUAAGUUCAUCUGGGUGGUUAUUAGUCAGGUGUGAUGUGUGCCUGCAGGGCACCAGUUGCUUCCCACACUGCCAAUGCAUGGCACAGCACAAAUGCAACUUGGAUCUGGAUGUCAAAGAUUUCCCACUUUUUGCCUAUUUUCCCAAAAUGUUUCUCGAUUGUGAUAAAAAAACAAAAAAAACAACAAUAUUUUUAAAAUACUUAUUUUUUUAAAGUGUCAUAAGAAAUGUGUUUCUGAAACAUAUUUGGAAAUGUUCCAAAUGUUGUUAAUGUAUGACAUGAAAUGUUUCAAUAAACGUAAAUUUACUUGCCCAGA